AUGGCUGAGUGUCCUGGCCACUUUGGGCACAUUGAGCUUGCUAAGCCUGUCUAUCUCAACGGCUUCCUCACAAAAGUCAAAAAGAUCCUUGAGUGUGUAUGCUACUCCUGCUCAAAACUCAAAGUGGACGAUAACAAUAGCAAGUUUGUUCGCGCACGUCGAAUCAGAGAUCCUAAGGUCCGAUUGAAAGCUGUGUGGGAGUUGGCUAAAACAAAAAUGGUCUGCGAGGGCGGCGAUGAAAUUGACGGUGAGAUGGGCAACGAAAUGGAAAUUGAUGAGCAUGGAAACCCACAGCCAAAGAAAAAGUCACAUGGAGGAUGUGGGCAUCGUCAGCCCAUCUUCCGCAAAGAAGGUCUGGGACUGAGCGUUAAUUUUAAGGCCAAUGCCAACGAUGACUCACAACCCGAAGGCAAGCGCACAUUAUCACCCAGCGAUGCUUAUCAUAUUCUCAAACGUAUCUCUGACGAGGAUAUUGAGGCGAUGGGAUUGUCACCAGAAUUUGCUCGGCCAGAGUGGAUGAUCAUGACGGUCCUGCCCAUUCCUCCUCUAGCAGUUCGUCCUAGUAUUCAGAUGGAUGGAUCAAGUACAGGAGAGGAUGAUCUGACUCACAAACUGUUCGCCAUUAUUAAGACUAAUGCUGAUGUUUAUCGAUGUGCGCAAGAUGGAACACCGGCUCAUUUGAUUCAGCAGCACGAACAACUGCUUCAAUAUCAUGUGGCAACAUACAUGGACAAUGAUAUUGCUGGCCAGCCAGCAGCCGCGCAUAAAAAUGGACGACCUUUGAAAUCAAUCCGUGCACGUCUGAAGGGCAAAGAAGGUCGUUUGCGUGGGAAUUUGAUGGGUAAACGUGUGGAUUUCUCGGCACGUACGGUCAUUACAGGAGAUCCUAACCUAUCGAUUGAUGAGGUUGGUGUUCCGCGCAGUAUUGCCCGAACGCUCACAUUUCCAGAGCUGGUCACGCCUUACAACAUUGACAAAUUGCAGGAGUUGGUGAGAAAUGGUCCGACGGAACAUCCUGGCGCAGUAUAUGUGAUUCGCGACGAUGGGCAACGUAUUGAUUUGCGGUGGAACAAGCGCGAAGUACCUCUCCAGCUUGGAUGGAAGGUUGAGCGCCAUAUCAAUGACGGCGAUGUGGUCAUUUUCAACCGACAGCCUUCGUUGCACAAAAUGUCUAUGAUGGGCCACAGGAUUCGUGUUAUGCCUUACUCGACAUUUCGCUUGAAUUUGUCUGUUACAUCUCCAUAUAAUGCCGAUUUCGACGGAGACGAGAUGAAUUUGCAUGUGCCCCAGUCAGUAGAGACUCGAGCUGAGAUCACAGAGAUUUGCAUGGUCCCUCGCCAAAUUGUAUCACCACAAUCCAACAAACCAGUCAUGGGUAUCGUACAAGAUACUUUGUGCGGUAUCCGCAAGUUUACAAAGCGCGAUUGUUUUCUGACCAAGGAGAUGGUGAUGAAUCUGGUGAUGUGGGUUCCUGGCUGGGAGGGCUUUUUGCCGACGCCUGCUAUCCUGAAACCUAAGCCGCUAUGGACUGGAAAACAAUUAGUGAGCAUGAUUAUCCCUAAGGGUAUCAAUUGUAUUACAUUUCAUUCGACCCACCCUGAUAAUGAGGAAAGCGAUAUUUCACCUGGGGAUACCAAAGUAAUUGUCGAGAAUGGCGAGCUGAUCUGUGGUAUUAUUUGCAAGAAGACCGUUGGUACAUCUGGAGGUGGACUGAUCCAUGUUAUUAUGAAUCAGCAUGGGCCUGAAAUUGCGAAAACAUUUUUCAAUGGAUGCCAAACAGUUGUAAAUUACUGGCUUCUUCAUCACGGAUUCAGCAUUGGUAUUGGAGAUACAGUCGCUGAUCGUAACACUGUCAUGACAAUUACUUCAAUUAUCAACAAUGCAACUACGAAUGUGAGUGAUUUGAUUAUUCAAGCACAACAGGAUAAGCUAGAGUGCAAACCUGGUAUGACACUGCGUGAGACAUUCGAGUCAAAUGUCAACAGAGCAUUGAACACAGCCCGUGAUGAUGCUGGUAAGAUGGCGCAACAGAGUUUGCGCGAGGAUAACAAUGUCAAACAGAUGGUUAUCUCAGGAUCGAAGGGUUCGUUCAUCAACGUUUCGCAAAUGACAGCCUGUGUGGGUCAACAAAACGUGGAAGGAAAGCGUAUUCCUUUCGGUUUCAAGUACCGCACAUUACCUCAUUUUACAAAAGACGACCACUCACCUGAGAGCCGUGGAUUUGUCGAGAAUUCAUAUCUCCGAGGUCUUACUCCUCAGGAAUUCUUUUUCCAUGCCAUGGGAGGUCGUGAAGGUUUAAUUGAUACCGCUGUUAAGACUGCCGAGACUGGCUAUAUCCAGCGUCGUCUCGUCAAAGCUUUGGAGGAUGUGAUGGUCAAGUAUGAUGGCACUGUGAGAAACUCUCUCGGGCACGUGGUUCAAUUCUGUUACGGCGAGGACGGUAUGGAUGCUUGCCACGUUGAGAAGCAGCGCAUUGACACCGUGAAGAUGUCGAACGCACAGUUUGAGAAGAAGUUUCAGAUUGAUCUUACAGAUAAAGCUAAAGGCUUCAAGCCGGGUGCUUUAGAUUACUCUGUGAUCAAGGCAAUGGAGGAGGCAGAUAUAGAGUCAGUGAAGCGUGGUGAACCUGACAUGCAGACACUAUUGGAGCAGGAAUUCAGGCAGCUUGAGGCCGACCGCCAUCUUCUGCGCAACUACAUCUUCACCGAAGGCGAUGACUCGUGGCCCCUUCCCACUAACAUCAAGCGAUACAUUUGGAACUCGAAACAAAUGUUUCACGUAGAUCAUAAGCGACCAAGUGACCUUGAUCCCCGCCACAUUUUGGAGAGUGUUAAGAAUUUGGAGAAGCAGCUUAUAGUGGUACGCGGCACGGACCGUAUCAGUGUAGAGGCUCAAGAUAACGCAACAUUGUUGUUCCGUAUGUUGAUCCGAUCGACAUUGGCGGUGCGUAGGGUGAUUGAAGAGUUCCAUUUGACUCGUGAAGCAUUUGAUUGGGUUGUAGGUGAGAUUGGUUCGCGUUUUGCACAUGCAAUUGUCAAUCCUGGUGAGAUGGUUGGAACGGUUGCAGCACAAUCGAUU